AUGGUGUGCAAGCAACAUGCUGAGGUUGCAUCCAAGGGGAUGAGUAUGAUAACAGGAACACUCUAUGAUCGGAUUAUUAAGAAGAGAAAUAUCCGAGACUUCAAUGAAUUUCAAAUUGUCAUUCUUGAUAUUUAUGGUGCAAUCAACAUGGCCUUGCCUGGUAAGCAUUAUGAUGCACCAACACAUGAUGAUAUAGAGAACUAUUAUGAAACACGGACUAAAUCUGAGGAAGCUCAAAAAAAGGAGGCUUUCAUCAAAUUCGUUACUGAGAAUGUGAAUCAGAGCAAAGCAGAUGAAUCUAUGAUGAUCUCUGGGAUAGUGACUCCACCAGUUGCCAUGGAAGCUAAGAAAACUGGCCAAACUGUGCCACAGUUAAGUAUUAUCAAAGCCGUCCCUGAUGUUGCAUUUGUUCCUGAAGCCACCAUUUUGGCUCUCAUUGCUAUUAAACUCACCAGAAAAUGGCAUUCAAGAAUAUCUCAUCCCUUCCUGAAAGAAAAUGAUACCCCUUCCUAG